AUGUUGAUGGGAAGGUCAUUCAUCUUGUGGAGCGAGCACCUCCUCAGAGCAGUCAGCCUGGGGGUGGAGGAGGUGGAGUUUCUGGCUCCUCGGGUACAACGGAUGGAGGAUCCACCUCCUCUCAGUCCUCCACUUUUCCAGGAACUCCACAUGACCGUAAUGCCAACAAUUAUGUCAUGCUGGGCACUUUAAAUCUGCCUGUGAAUAUUAUGGACCCACAGCAAAUACAGAUGUCAGUGCAGCAGAUGUUGGCUGGUGUUGGAGAAAUAGGGCGUAAUGUCAGAGUGAGCACCAGCACAGGAAGCAGUGGCUCUGUGGAUGUCCAUAUCAACGUGGACCAAUCAGUGCAGAGCGAGCCCAGGAUGAGGCUCCAGCUGGCUGAAAGCCUGCUGCGAGAGACACAGGCUUUAAUUCUCAGACUCGAGGGUCAAUCAAGUGAACCGUCAUCUCAGCAGGAGACACCACCUCCUCAGCCACUAUCAUCAUCAUCAUUCUCAGCACAACCAAUGGACAGCUCCCCACCUCCACCCUCCUCCUCAUCCUCUGCUUCACAGACAGAAGGAGCAACUCACUCUGGACCCAAGUAA